AUGUCUUCCGAUAAAGUUCUUGUGGGAGUCAUUGGCGGUAGCGGUCUGUAUAACCUUGGGAAUCUGACUUUGGUCAAGCAUGUCAACCCCGAAACGCCCUGGGGCUUCCCUUCGUCUCCCAUUGCCAUUUCGUCCCUUCCUUCUGGUGCCCUUGUUGCUUUUGUCGCGCGACACGGAACCGAGCACUCGAUUUCUCCCUCUCAUAUCCCCGUGAGGGCCAACAUCGCUGCCCUCAAGUCCUUGGGUGUCCGCACAAUCAUCGCUUUCUCCGCUGUCGGCUCGCUGCGGGAAGAGAUCCGGCCCGGUGAUUUUAUCCUCCCUUCGCAAAUCAUCGACCGCACCAAAGGCAUCCGCCCGACAACAUUCUUUGAAGGGACUGGACUUGUUGCUCAUACCGGGUUCAGUGACCCGUACUCUCCGAAACUGGCUGCUUGGCUUGAGAAAGCUGUCGUUGCUGCGUUGGAGGCAGAGGGGAGAGGCGUCAAGCUGCAUACAUCCAAGACCAUGGUUGUCAUGGAGGGCCCCCACUUUUCCACUCGCGCUGAGAGCCUGAUGUAUCGUCAAUGGGGCGGUGAUCUCAUUGGGAUGACUGCUCUUCCUGAAGCGAAACUGGCUAGAGAAGCCGAAAUCAGCUUUGCCCUCAUUGCGACCGCGACCGAUUACGAUGCCUGGCGCCCACAUGAAGCUGGUGUCACUGCUGCCGAAGUGUUCAAAAUUCUCAAGCAGAAUGCGGACACAUCCCGGCAUGUCGCGGCCCACGUUAUCGAGAGUCUUUUGGCCUCUGCUGACGAGGCAAUCCUUGGCGAGGAGGCGGGCAGCAUGCAAUUUUCCUUUAUGGGACCACCAGCUAACCAUUCGAAUGCUGCGUUGGCCUAUGUGCUUCCCGAAUAUUUCAAGGCGGAAUAA